UUCAUUAAAAUAUUAUUAUAUUAUAAAUUAGUAACCGUUUUGUUCUAAGUGCAUUAUCGACGUUAUCGUACCAUAACAAAAUUAUACACAUUCUAUAGCAUAAUAUCAUAAUUAUACGAGUCAUUAGGUGGCGUUCUGGCAAAAAAAGCGAAUAAUAUAGAAAAAUAAUAUGAGUUAUACCAUUGACACAAAUUUGACCGCCAGCCAGGUUCCUGAUGGCUUUCUGUCUGGUACUUCCGACUUCCUAUCUACGUUAUUCAAUCGGCCCAAAAAGGUGAUCAUGGGCCAACUGCGGUCCGGACAGGAGUUUGAUUUUUCCGGGUCGACCGAUCCUUGCGUGGUGAUGAAUCUGACCAGAGGGUCGCUGAACCCAGGCACGGCAAUAGACGAAGAGGUUAUCGAACGAUAUGUGACGGUCAUAAGUGAAUAUCUGCAAAACACGCUCGGCGUUCAAAAGUCCAGGAUCAUGAUUUUUUACUACGAACACGACAUGGCGCUCAUUGGCAACAACGGAAGAACUUUGAAACGUAUUUGGUCCGAAAUUGGCACGUUUCCUUCGGAUUGAAAUGCAAAUGACUGAGGAUUGCUUAACUGCAGUUUAAAUAUUAAUAAUAAUAUAUAACAUAAACACUAGUAUAAAUUAUCAACACCAAUAUAUUGUACCGAGUUUUCCAUAUUUUAUUCGAUCUAUUUGGUACAAAAUUACAGACCUAUAGACAUAAUAAUAAUAAUAAUCAUAAUAAUAAUAAUAAUAAUAUUUAUGUAAAUAUAUAUAUUUUUAUAAACACAUACAGACACGUAUGAUGUAUGUUCAUAUAAUAUAUAAAUAUAUAUAUACUCGA